GGCAACAAUAGAAAGAUGGCAGCUUCUGCUCCGCUACCAUCUUGGUGUCCUCCUCAGGUUGUCGUCCUAGGCGCUAACUCCGAAAAGAGCUCAAACCUGCACCUGCUCAAGCCCGCAGCUCGCGCGCCACAAUAACAGCGCCAUGCGGGACAAAUCGGAAGAAGAGUUGUCGACCGAAGCGACCGAUCAGCCGAAUGGUGACAUCGCCCAGGGCGAAUGCGAGCCACUGCAGCCGCAGCAGCAGCAGCAGCAGCGCAGCAAGACGAUCUCCGGCACGGGCUCUUCCUGCGGAGAAGCAGCAGAGGCGCCGUCGUGCGAACUGCGCGAGGUGGCCAGCCAGUUCGUGACCGACCUGAUCCACCGUGCCCGUGAGGUGGCCCAGAGGCAACAGUUCCGCAUCGACGAGGUCGACGAGGAAGACGAAGAGGAAGACGCUCCGCCGCCCCGGAGGCUCACCGACAUCACGGCGGGACCAGUCAAGACUCCCCCCGAGAUCCAGGUGGACCUGGUGGGUUCCCGGACGCCCAGUCCGGAAGAGGUGGUGACGUACGUGGCGCCCGAGCGGUCGCUGAAGAAGAAAGUGGUCGUUCUCCACGAGGAGCCGUCCGAGAGCGAGGAGGACACGAGCGGCGAGGCCAGUCCGGACAGUUCUCCGCUCGCCAAGCUCAUCUCGGAACCACAUUCGCAGCAGCAGGACUGUCAGGACAUUGCCAACCUCAAGAACGAUCCCGAGCUCCGAGAGUUUGCCGUCGCCUACAUCAAGGGAAUCUUGGAGCAAGCUCAAGUUCUUGCCCAAGAGAGAGCGCCGGAAAAAGCCGAGGAACUUGUGACAGAGAACACGGCACUGAAGAAGGCCGCCGGGCCCUGGUACUCCCGCAUCCGGGCCGCCGUGACCCGCUGCCUCCGCACCGGAUGCCUGUGCGUCGUCCGGAGGCAGGCGCCGCCUUGAAGCCGCCGCCAGGGUUGCCGGCCGGCCGGCCGCCGUGGCCGCCGGCUAAUUCACUGUAUCGUCAUCAACUGUGCCGGUCCGCUCUGCAGCCGUCGUCUUAUCGGCGCGCUGCGCCGUUGUCUUUUACCGCGGCUCCCAAGAAGGUCGGCAUGCGCAUCUCUUUCCGUGUGUGUCACCGCUGCCUCUGGUAGUUGAAUUGUACGUGCGGCCGUGGUGUUAUUGUGUGCGCUGCUUCCUUUUCGUGGCCGUAAACUCUGCCCCCGUCGGAAUGCGGAAACGCCCAGGUAGACGCGACGUACGAACCCUGAAUUCAUUCUUAGUUUAUCGUUUCUGUACUCGAAGGCUCCGUCUCAAUGUCCUGCGUGCGCGAUUGCUGUAGAAACCGUUUUGUUUUAUAAUGUCCUUCUUCCUUCUGUGACAAAAAAAAAAAAACUAUAGCGGAGUCGUA